CGACCCAUCAUAGUGACCUAAAUUGAYUUUGUUGCCUAUCCCUAAGCACGCAUUACUUUCAACAAUCUUCAUUGUAACCAAUCACCURCCUCCAUUUCUUCAAACGAUUAAGAAAACAAUUUUUGAUGUGCGAAGGGAAGAGACGAUAGUCAGAGAAAAUAGGAUCAGUCGGUCACUAGUAUCUGUUAUUGCCACCUCUACCAGUCUUCCAUACAGGGAUCGAGAUGACGGAGAAUGGGUUUCCGGAAAUUAAUUUGUGAUCAGACAUUUUGCUUAGAAGAGGACGAAUGCAUGUGACAAAUGCAAUAAGACGUAAAACGACGCCUACAGCACAAAUGUUCUCACGUGCUGUUCACAACUCGUUGAGAUCUACGUUGGAUUCAUUUUCUUUUCCACAUAAAGAAACUUUUAAGGGGUGCAUUAAUCCAAGUGUUGAUUUCGAUCACGAUCAAUGGUGGGCAGAAAACGAGUAUAUUGUGAAGUAUCUUCUGGAAGGCAGUGACAGUGGUGAUAAUACAAUCCUUUUUAGUGACGAUGGUGGCUCCUUCUCAUCUUCAAGGCUCCUCGGAGAUCAUUUUGAACGGGCGUAUGCGUCUGACGCAAUAUAUCAAGAUCUGUUUGUAGACACUCCACCGUGCCGAGAAACACUCAAGUUUUCCUUCCAAUUGAUACACUGGUACUGGGACAUAAAAGUAACAAGUUUUGAUCCGCCAACUCUCUUAAGAUCUUUCCCAUACUACGACAUCAAUAGCGAGGGAGCAUACACCAAGAACGAAAGUGCAGGAGAAAACAUGUUGGGAGGAACAAAACGAGAUGACGUGAUUCAUGUUGUUAGAGUUCCGUACAACUUUAUACAACAACCUCGUCUUCCCUUCUUAUCUUCUCAUAUGUUUGAGAGGUUCCCGCUUUUACCUGCGUUAAAGCAAAAAAUAAUUGAGCAUAAAUACGAAGGAUGGAUCGAUUUUUAUUUAAGACGGACAGCGUCUUCGCGCAGAGAUAGAGGGAGUUCAGAAACUGGCAAAUACAAAAAUUGUUGCAACACCAAUCGUGGCGAUCGUAAUUGUGCCAAUGACAAAAACGGGGAGUGGGAAGUGUUCCGUCACGACGAUCGACUUCGCAUCUUCCUUCCAAAUUUUUUGCGUCCUUAUAUCUCAUUCACUAGUGAGAAAGUAGGCGACAGGAUCGAUGCGUUGAGUAUAAUCGAGAGAAUACAUCUUUUCUCGAUCUUCUUCCAACAAUUUCGUUUGCUUCAUGGAAAAUUGCUGCAUUUUUACUUGAAGAAGAAGGCACGACAAAAAGCUAGGUAGGUUGGAUCAUUCGUUAUGAAAAGAAGUGUAGCACUUUUGCUAAUUAAGUAACUGAAUUUUU